AUGACGCUAGAUAUCACAGUGGCCUUCGACAACGUUAGCCACGAAGCCAUUAUGGAAGGACUGAACAACGCCAACUGCGGCAAGCGAAUCCACGACUACGUGAGGGCCUUUCUGACCAAACGCACCGCAACAGUGGGAUUGGGGGAUCUGCGAAGUGAUGUCUGUACCACCCUCCGCAAAGGCCCGCCGCAGGACUCCGUGAUUUCACCAAUACUCUUCAACAUAGCAAUGAUCGGACUGGCUCGAAGACUCAGCAAGAUUGAUGGCAUCGAGCAUGCAAUAUAUGCUGACGACAUUACGGUCUGGGUCAAUCGAGACUCCCUAGGACAGAAGCAAGAAAAACUGCAGGAAGCGGCCAAGUGCGUGGAAGAAUAUGUCAGAGAAAGGGGCCUGGCGUGUUCCACCAAAAAAUCACAAAUCCUGAGAGUGGGAAGAAACCCCACCAUGGAAGAACUAAUAGUAAAACUAGAGGGACAAAGCAUACCUGAAGGGAGCAUGAUGCGUAUCCUAGGCAUUUGGAUUCAAGGAAGCAAGAAAUGCAGCCACACAAUCAGGUUACUCAAAAAAUCGACAGAGCAAGUAAGGCGAACGAUAACGAGGGUAGCUCAGAGAAGAAGCGGAAUGAGAGAAGGAGACACAAUCAAGCUGGUCAGAAGCCUGGUGGUAAGCAGAGUCACGUACUCAUUCCCGUACCACAACAUGACCAAGCCCGAAAAAGAACAGACGGAAACGAUACUAAGGAAAGCGUAUAAGACGGUGCUACAUCUGCCAAGAAACACGUCCAACGAUAAACUGCCACAGAUGCGCCUAAGCAACGCCUUCGAAGAACUCGCGGAAGCGCAGCUCAAUGUACAGAUCGCCAGGCUUCAGAAGAGUGCCACCAGCCGCAAGCUCCUGAAAAGAAUGGGGCAUAACACAGACGGAAUAGGGGAUUGGGCAGCCCCCUACCGAUAG